GAGAGGCCUCAGGAAAGGCAGGCCUUGUUGUUGUUUCCCUUCCCCGCCUCCCUCUCUCUCUCUCUCUCGCACUCCUGUUCCCAAAAAGGGAUCUCCUUCCGAGCCUCUCGGGGGAGGGAAGCUCCCCCUAUGGCGAAGCACGUUUUCCUCACAGGGCCGCCAGGAGUUGGGAAAACAACAUUGAUCCAGAAAGCCAUUGAAAUAUUGAAAUCUUCUGGUCUCCCUAUUGAUGGAUUUUACACAGAGGAAGUAAGAGAAGGUGGCCGGAGAAUAGGGUUUGAUGUUGUCACUCUGAAUGGAAGAAGAGGAAUUCUCUCUAGAGUUGGUGAUGGUCCUGCAACGGCAAGGCGUGAAUAUCGUGUUGGGCAGUAUGUAGUGGACCUAGCAUCAUUUGAACAGUUGGCUCUUCCUUUACUGAGAAAUGUUCAUCCUGACAGUAGUGGAGUGAAAAAGAUCUGUGUAAUUGACGAGAUUGGUAAAAUGGAGCUCUUCAGCCAGUCAUUCAUUCAAGCUGCCCGUCAAUUGCUGAGUGGAUCAGGAGUUGUGAUGCUUGGAACCAUUCCGGUGCCCAAAGGGAAGCCCCUGGGGCUCGUGGAAGAAGUUAGAAGUCACAAGGAGGUGAAGGUCUUCACUAUCACAAAGGAGAACAGAGACAACAUUUUGGAAGAUGUUGUGAAAGCUGUACAGAACUGCUUGAAAUGAUAUAUUUAUGUUUCAUCAUAUUAAGUCAUGUGUUCUUUGUAAUCCAGUACAGCCUCUGUUGAUUUCCUUGAGGGUGUUAUUGACACUCAAUGUGCAGAUAUUGAACUGUUGCACAUGUGUUACUAGCAACUGAUUUCAAGAUCAAAUUUUCUCUGUUUACGCCAAGUUAUUGAAUACAUGAUGUCACAUUGAUGAAAGUCCACAUCUUGAACUGAAUCCUAUUGAAAGUUGGUCCUGGCAAGUUGUGAAAAAUUCUGCACUAUAUUGGAUCAAAAUCUGUGGAAUUGAGCUUAGGCUUUUUUACUUGUAGGAAACAGUUUUCUUAGUAUGAGAUUUCCAAAGAAUGAAUAGCCUUGCAUUCUCCUUUAUAGAAAAUAAAUUCAGAUAUGGGACGA